UCAAACCGACGUUAACUCUUUGAGUCCCGGACAGAGCCGCUCAGAGCUGUUCCGCUCCAGGUCUGCUCUCCGUCCAGCUCUUGAUACAGCGAAAGCCAGUCGGAGAUGGAGGAGGUCUUCUGCUACAAUCACUGCGGGAGCAAGCAGGUCUGUCUGAGAGCACAACGGGACACAGACUGGCCAGCGAGAGGGCAGGCUCUGACUGGUCUGUGCACAGAGCCUCCCGGCCAGCCAUCGCCUAGCAACCCGCAAAGCCCAAACACAGCCUGCGGACAGGGGCAACGAGCUCAGAGCAGGGCCAGACCCAGAAAGGGGAGGGGCCGCACGCCUCUUACCAGCAUGGCAACCUGCACAACACAGGAGCACCGAGAGAGAGAGAGAGAGGAGGGUGAGGAGUGCAGGGGCUCUGCUCAUCUACCGGACACGCAGAGACCGCGGGACGCACACUCAGGUAAACGCAUACCUGAACACAGGGCGUCCAGAUAAAAGCUGAACUUUAGUUCAUCAGGCUGUCACGCUGAAGUUGCUGUGCUUCUGUGCUGGAUAAUUGGCAUGUAAACCACACGCUGCCUGCACGUUGCUGUGGAACGUGUCCUCAGUGGAAACUGCUGGUGUAUGGAAAUAGCUCAGCUCCAGGACACCCUCUUUGGAUUGCAAAGCAGAAGCAAAGCACAGGCAAGGUGAGAGAUGGACAGUCUUGGCCUCUCUGGAAUUUCCACUCUAGUGCUCCAGUAAGGCGACCAGGGACAGGGAACGAAAUUUUAAACCAAAGUUUUAACUACUUGAUCAUUAAACCCCUCAAUGAUUUGGUCAUAAGAGCAGGGAUGUCGGCCAUUGUGUCCUGCCUAAAUUCCACUCUGGGCUGUACAGUCGGAUCUCCCUGAAAUUCCUUCUCCAUUCUCCUGGAGCAGCAGUUUCUCUCCCCUCCCCUGAUCGGCCGGGACAGGGGGGCAGUUGCGAAUGCCCCAGGUGGGGCUGCACUUCAGCAGUGGAAGAGGUGUCCCCUCCUGUGUGGAAAGCACUUUGAGCCCCAGGGGGUCGAAAAAGCUCUGGAUGACCACAGUUUUUUUAUUAGUCUCCUCUCUGCUGCUGUGAGACCCACAAGCCGAAACACACACAGGGGUCAGGACUUCCAGGAGAACUCCCACAGCCAGUGGCUCUUCCCCGUGAUCCAAGAGGAGCUGGAGCUGGAACACACUCCUGUUUGUCGGGGUCAUACACUCAUCAUGUCUGCGGCCUCUCACUCGGAGCCCCGGGGCGAAGGGGACUGCCCAAAGGAGCAGAAUGAAGAGGGGGACUGGGGAAGACAAGAGCUGCCCCCUGCAGGUCGGGAGUGGAAGGACAUCCUGGAGAAAGAGCUGCACAGCAGGGGGCUGGAGCUGCACAGCCAGGAGGUGACCCAGAGGGGGAGGAGCCGGGAGGAGGAGCUAUCCCUGGAGGGGCGUGGCCUGGCCGAGGAGCUGGCCCGGGAUUGGUUCAGCUUGGACGGGGACACAGUGGAGUCCAGGCUGUUCCUGGUGGAGCGCGUGCUGCCUGCACUGGUGCCCGGGGUGGUGGCCCUGCUGGGGGAACUGGAGAGGAGGGGGCAGCUGGGCGAGGUGGGGGGAGAGGCCGAGGGGACCCCGGACUUCAACCCUCUGAACUUCCUGGCACAGCGCCUGCUCCGGGGCGCCCAGCAGGCAGGGAGGGGGGCCCCCUACGCCCGCGGGCUGAAGCAGGUGCUCCAGGAGCUGCAGGGGAGUGGAGUGGAGGGGCAGCCCAGCAGGCUGAGAGACUUGAAGCAGGCUGUCCAGGCGAGGCAGGAGGAGCAGCAGCGCACGCAGAGGAUUCGGGGCCGGACGGCGGAGAGGAGGAGAGAGUGUCUCCGUCUGCAGUUUUCCGAAUGGGGCCUGGAGCCGGACGGCACUCUCCAGCUCCGAGUGGUGCAGGAUGCGCUCAGGAGCUUCCAGGAGCUGACCAGCACUGAGGAGUCUCCCGCAGGAGUUCAGUACGACCGGGACCUCAGUGACACAGCAGGCGCGUCACGUCUGCAGCAGGACAGCUUCGUGGAGUAUGUGUCUGGCUGUGCGGCCGGCCUGUCCCAGGAGCAGUUCUCCCAGCUCCUGCAGCACCUGUCCCUGUGCAGCCGUGACCUUCAGAGAGCAGCGGACACUCUGCGCUGGAGGCACACCUUCACCCAGCUCUUCCAUGACUGCGACACUGCGGAGUCGGGGCUGCUGGACAGACACAGAGUUCUGGCCCUGCUGGAGAAUUUCUACGACAGCCAGUCUGAGGGCAUCCAGGCGGCCUUGCACAACCCUCGGCACUGGCCAUUGAGAGAGGAAGAGCACUUGACCCCCGACCUCUGGGCGGAGAGUAAAACACAGUGGAGGGAGGUGACGGAGAGCAGCCGUCCACCAAUCACACGCAGCACAGCAGCCUCUGAGGGCAGGACUGACUCAGAACUGUCCAACGAGGAAGGAGCAGGAAGUGCACGGGGGGCGGGGCCUGCGGCAGAGGGGGACCUCAGUCCAGAGCCUUGGCGUGAGGAAGCAGCUGGACUGGACCCUGCAGAACUAGAACCCGCGGAACCGAGGCUGGUUCUGGAGAGCGGCGCAGCGGUGGAGGGACCAGAGAGCUGGGGCCCCGUGAGGGGGGUGAGCGCCUUCGACCGCAGUGCGCUGGACCGGGUCCAGUUCAUCCAGCUGCUGGAGACGUUCCUGGGGGAGACGGCCAGCGACAGCAUGGUGCACAGCCUGGUGGGGUACCUGCGGGGGGGCUACCGCGAGACGGAGCAGGAGAGGCUGGACAGGCUGAAGCAGGCGCGGCGGGAGGCGGUGCUGGCACAGCGGGCGCGGGCGAUUGACGAGCUCUUUGAGAGGUGGGAUAACGAGGGGCGGGGCUUCCUGGAGCGGAGCGAGGUGGAGGGGGUGCUGAGCCAAUACAAGGAGGGAGCUGAGAGGGCGGCCAUGGAGAGAGCCUGGCAGCAGGGCUCCCCUCCCCUCCACAGCGCCCCCUACCUGUCGGGGGGGCAGUUCCGGGCGCUGCUGCAGGCCGUGCUGUGGGAGCUGCCCCCGGAGGGCGGGCAGGAGGGCGGGUUCCAGGGGCUGCUGGCGUUCCUGGCGGAGAGCGCGGCGCGGUCGCUGGCGGAGAGGACCCGGGGCGCGGCCCGCAGGAAGUGGCUGGCGCAGGUUCAGCGCGCGGCGGAGAGGGGGGGCGCCAGCCUGGAGCCGCUGUACAGAGUCGUCUUCCAGACCCUGCACAGGGACGCCGAGACUCAUGGGAAUGGGAAGCAGAUCAGCGCCUCUCUCUCGCUCCUGGAGGGGGGCGACCGGCUGCGCUAUGUGGCCUGCACUGCAGAAGAUGCCCCCUAUGUGCUAAAUCGGGAACUGCGGCGGGAGGUGGCGCCAGUGAGUUUUGCCGCGAUAGACGAUGGGAAGCCCGUGCAUGUCCCCCGAGUGCGUCUCCACGGCAACAUUCAUUUCUUCAACACCGUGCGGCCAGAGUCGGAGCAGAAGGGGUCAUUUGUUGCAGUGCCCCUUAAGGACCCCCGCGGGAGGGUGUUCGGAGUGCUGGGUGUGGACACCCUGAGGGAGCCCCAGGAGCGGAACAUCUUCCUGAGGCACGAGAUAGACUUCUACCAGGGGGUGAGCUCAGCGUUCAGCAUGGCCUUCCAACACAUCCUGACCCAGAGGAACAUCCUGCGCAUCGUUGACAGCGCCACCUACUGGCUGCACAGCAGAGUGCUGGGUGUCCACAACAUCACCACCUAUCUUAUGGAGUCAACUGGGGAGCAGGGCGGUAGCUACGCCUUGAGGAAGAUGAUGAUGAUGGACAGCGAGACCGGCCACUCUCGGCUGCUCUCCGCCCCCUCCUCCCUGCGCCGCUCCGAUCACCUGUUCAGGGACUACCUGUUCCGGUGCUGCGACAGCUCGGAGCCGCUGCGCUGUGUGGCGUACGGGGAGCACAGGCUGGCGGUGCCCCUGCGGGACCCCGGCGGCCGCGCGCUGGGCGUGCUGGACAUCAGCUGCGGCCCGCGGGGGGCGCUGCAGCCCCACGAGGGCAGGGACCUGCGGGCCAUGGUGCGCAUGGUGCAGGCCGCCUGCUGCCAGGUGGUGAGGGAGAGCUCUGGCCUGGCGAGACCCGCGUGCCUGCUGGAGGCAGAGGGUGUUGGCGGGGAGCAGCGCGUUGCGUUGCUCUUCCUGCGCUUCAUGCUGCAGGACCUGCGCGGCUGCGUGCGGCAGCUCGACCACCAAUCGUUUGCUGAGCUCAAGAGCUACAACGACCCGCCCACUGUUGUCCAUCACGUGCUGAAGGCGGUGCUUCUGAUGCUCCACCCACAGUGGGUGGGGACUCCUGAGAUUGACAGCUGGAGCCAGUGCAGACUCAAGGUGAACAGUGACCUCACCAGGAAAGUGGCCCUUUUCGACCCGACGGCCAGCUCCGUGCAGGCGGACUGUGAGCAGCUGCAGCGAUGCCUGGCAGCUGUCCCCCGCGGAGAGGUGUGGAGGCAUGGGUCCGUCCCCACGGAGCACCUCUAUAACUGGGUGUCCGUGUGCCUGUCCCUGCUGGAGCAGGGCAGCCGGCUGAGGCAGGUCCAGACACCCCCCAGCUCCCCCCUGGGCGCCACUGAGGAGCAGCCGGCUUGACAGACAGGCAGCUGGAUUAUUUCAGAACCGGACUCCCCCCUCUACCACGCUCCGGAGUGUGUGGCAGAUAGGAUCAGUUCAUAACUGUCAUCUUUCCAAUAAAAGCUGAAUAUUAAACUUUUGACAGUGUCUCUGGGACAAUUUAUAUGAGUUUUGUUGUCAUUUCAUGCUAUAAUAACUGUUAUUAUUACUAUUACAGAGAUUAGCAACUUUCCACAUGAAAUACAGAGCCUACAUUCUCCUCUGCAACCUGUAUUUUUUUUUAUUACAAGUCCUUUAUU